AUGUCGGAGGGGGCAACUUCGGACCCAGCACAGGCGGCAGAGGCCGCCAACGAGACCCAGCCCAAGGUGGAGAAGGGUGAGCCCAUCAACGUGGUCGUCAAGGACCAGCAUGGGCACGAGUUGCACUUCAAAGUGCGCAAGACCACGAAGUUUGAGAAGAUAAUGAAGGCUUACUGUGAAAAGAAGUCUCUCCAGAUGAACCAACUCAGGUUCCUGUACGAUGGAGAAAGGGUGAAGCCAGACCAGUCUCCAGAAGAGGUGGAGAUGGAGGACGGCGACGUCAUCGACUGUGUAAUGCAGCAAAUCGGGGGCCACUGA